CCUGUACUGUGUCCGCAGUCUCUGGUCAUCUCCUGUACUGUGUCCGCAGUCUCUGGUCAUCUCCUGUACCGUGUCCGCAGUCUCUGGUCAUCUCCUGUACUGUGUCCGCAGUCUCUGGUCAUCUCCUGUACUGUGUCCGCAGUCUCUGGUCAUCUCCUGUACUGUGUCCGCAGUCUCUGGUCAUCUCCUGUACUUAUGUAUGCAGUCCAUUGGGUCAGAAUUUAUUUUUCUUGUUUUCCUCCUCUAAAAUCUAGGUGUGUCUUAUUGUCAGGUGCGUCUUACGGAGUGAAAAAAAUGGUAGUU